AUGGUUCUAUCGCCGAGACCUUCAUCGAAACCACCGAUGGGGACGCUUUCAUUAACCACGCCGAUUACAUGUUCUGGGGUUUGGCUGGUCAGAAAUGAAGAGGGUGGUCUGAAAAACAUGAUGGAUAUCGAUGACAUCGUGAUGUGGGACGAUGAUACGCCUAUGAAAGUCACAGGGGAAGCCAGUUUCAUUUCUCCAAGUUUAACCGACUUUGCCUCUGACCGUCCCUUCCACGUGAUGAACUCGACUGGUAAUUGGGAAGUCGAAGUGUCCCUUGCACAAAACGAUGACGGCACCCGUGCGGAUCCGAUUAUUGUUCGCGAUGGCAACCUCGGCCGGCUCAUUCCAGUGAUACAGACCAAUGGUGGCGAUGAACCGAAAGGUGCUGUCGCUGCUGAAAUUAUCAUCUAUCUGAUGGACUCAGUAUCGGGUUGA